CAAGUUAUAAAAGUAUCAAAACGAUCUGGAAAUGUGGCGCUAGUCGCUGGACUAAUACGCGCUUUCUACUUGAGCUGGAGAGGCGGAAGAAGCUUCUGAUCUGGUCCUUUCAAUGGCUCUAACUCAAUAACGAUUUCUUAUGAUCGAAGGAAAAAUAGAACAUAACAGAAGAGGGAAGAAAAUUGAUUUCUCAGAUUAGUAUUUCAUUUCAAAGGAAAAAAACAAUAUAUAUAAAUAAAUAAAUAAAUUUGGUAUCUCUCCGUCGAGAAGCAGGAAAAUGCCGGCGAUGAUCGUGACCAACACUCCGGCGAAAGAUCUCGCGUACACGAAUUUCGCCUACUGCUCCCCCUCCGAUCUCCGUAAUUUCAUUGUACCUGGAUCCACACUCGCCUUCGUUUCGAUCGGAGAUGCCUUCGUACUUUCUGUUGCUGGACAUGAUACCAUCCCUAGUGGCCAUAUUGGGCUCAAUGCCAUUCAACGUCGCCAUGCUAAGGUCUCCACUGGGGACUCAAUAUCUAUUAGCAGGUUUAUUCCUCCUGAAGAUUUCAACCUUGCGUUGCUAACGCUCGAAUUGGAGUUUGUGAAGAAAGGGGCAAAAGAUGAACAGGUGGAUGCUGUUCUUUUGUCCAAGCAGAUCCGCAAGAGGUUUAUCAACCAGGUUAUGACAACUGGGCAAAGAGUAACAUUUGAGUAUCACGGAAAUGGAUAUAUCUUCACGGUCAACCAAGCUACUGUAGAGGGGCAAGAAAAAUCUGGUGGUAUUGAGAGAGGGAUCAUAACAGCUGAUACAUACAUUAUCUAUGAAGCGUCAAAUUCAAGUGGAAUCAAGAUUGUGAACCAGCGUGAAGCUGCUAGUAGCAACAUUUUUAGGCACAAAGAGUUCAAUCUUCAAUCAUUUGGUAUAGGUGGUCUGAGUGAGGAGUUUGCUGAUAUAUUUCGAAGAGCUUUUGCAUCAAGAGUUUUCCCUCCGCAUGUGACCUCUAAGCUUGGUAUCAAGCAUGUUAAAGGAAUGCUGCUUUAUGGACCUCCUGGUACCGGGAAGACUUUAAUGGCUCGCCAGAUUGGAAAAAUGUUGAACGGGAAGGAACCAAAGAUUGUGAAUGGACCUGAAGUGUUAAGCAAAUUUGUUGGUGAAACUGAGAAGAAUGUCCGCGAUCUAUUUGCGGAUGCUGAGCAUGAUCAAAGAACCAAAGGUGAUCAAAGUGACUUGCAUAUCAUAAUUUUUGAUGAAAUUGAUGCAAUUUGUAAGUCGAGAGGUUCAACUAGAGAUGGGACUGGAGUACAUGAUAGUAUUGUAAACCAACUUCUCACUAAGAUAGAUGGUGUGGAAUCUCUGAAUAAUGUCUUGCUAAUUGGAAUGACGAACAGGAAAGAUUUGCUUGAUGAAGCUCUUCUGAGGCCUGGACGUCUGGAAGUCCAAGUGGAGAUCAGCCUUCCUGAUGAAAAUGGUCGUUUACAAAUUCUUCAGAUUCAUACAAGCAAGAUGAAAGAAAGUUCUUUUCUUGCUCCAGAUGUGAACUUGGAAGAGAUUGCUGCUCGGACAAAAAACUACAGUGGAGCAGAGCUGGAAGGUGUUGUCAAAUCUGCUGUAUCAUAUGCACUUAAUAGGCAACUAAGUAUGGAUGAUCUAACCAAACCAGUGGAUGAGGAGAACAUAAAAGUCACUAUGGAUGAUUUUCUAAAUGCCCUGCAAGAAGUAAUUCCAGCAUUUGGGGCUUCAACAGAUGACCUUGAACGCUGCAGACUUAAUGGCAUCGUGGAAUGUGGUUCACGACAUGACCACAUUUACCAAAGAACUAUGCUGUUAGCAGAGCAAGUUAAAGUUAGUCGAGGAAGUCCGCUUGUUACUUGCCUUCUGGAAGGCCCAAGUGGCAGUGGUAAGACUGCAAUGGCAGCAACUGUUGGUAUUCAAAGUGAUUUCCCCUAUGUCAAGAUAAUAUCUGCUGAACAAAUGAUUGGACUCGGUGAGCCCACAAAAUGUGCUCGGAUUGUUAAGGUAUUUGAAGAUGCAUAUAAGUCCCCACUAAGCAUAAUUAUCCUUGAUGAUAUUGAAAGGCUGUUGGAGUAUGUUGCGCUUGGGCCUCGUUUUUCAAAUUUAAUUUCUCAGACGUUGUUGGUGCUCCUAAAGCGGCUUCCUCCGAAGGGGAAGAAAAUGCUUGUUAUUGGGACCACGAGUGAAGUCAACUUCCUGGACUCGGUUGGCAUUCGAGAUGCAUUCUCAGUCACAUACCACGUUCCAACACUAAAAACAGAAGAUGCCAAGAAGGUGUUGCAACAGCUUAACGUUUUCUCCAGUGGUGACAUUGAUGCUGCUGCAGAGGCAUUGAAUGAUAUGCCUCUUAAGAAGCUCUAUAUGGUCGUUGAAAUGGCUGCUCAGGGUGAGCAUGGUGGAGCUGCUGAAGCCAUUUAUUCUGGUAAACAAAAGAUCAAUAUUUCACACUUCUAUGACUGCCUUCAGGAUGUGGUGCGGUAUUAGGGCACUACUGUCAUUGCACUGAAAGCCAUGAUGAUUCAUGCUGAGUUAUACAGCAAUUCGUUUCUCUUUUUCUUUUUUUCUUGUUUACCAGAAUGGGGUGGUAUUCUUCUUUUCUCUUGUUUUGGGUUUGUUUCAUUAUUAUUUGAUUUUGAGGAACAUGUACUACCUAAUCUGAUUGCUAGAGAGUAUUGAAAGACACCUAAUCACGGCUUUAGUGAUGCAGUUAGAACUACUAAAAGUUCGUUUUUUGGUGGUUGAUUCAACACCAUGUUCAAUAUUGUAUUUGGCUUGCACUCGUACUCUAGUACUGACAUUUUUGGGCGAAUACAUCUGUUAGUUAUGUUGAAA